UCAAUUUAUACACAACCCCGUACAUGCGGGUAAAGUUAUAUAAUAUGGGGAUUUUCAUUUUGGUAUGUGAACUGAAAAGAAAAAGGAAUAAUUAAUAGAGAGAAAACAAAGAAGACACAGAAACCAUAUAUAUCGGGAAUUGUGAGGUGGAGCGAGAGGAAUGGAGGGGUGAGGUGAGGACAGAGAACUCAGAAGAUUAGAAACCAGAAUCCAAAAGUAAUAUUACUACAACUAACCCUUUUCUCUGCUAUAUCACACAUAUAUAUAUAUAUAUAUAUAUCAUACAUGGCCAUUAUGGGCACUUUUUGAUUUGAGCAUCUUCACCACCUCCUUACUUUUGUUUUCUUCUACCUUUUCAAUCCCAAGUUCCCAACACAUUAAUUAAACAAAUACAACUCCUCUCUCUCUCUCUUUAUUCUCUUUCAAAAUCCUUUCUUUCCUUCUUUCUCUUCUAAAACAGGGAUCUCUGUCUGUCUCUCUGGCUCUGCUCUCAUAUUUUCUGCAACAAAAGGGUGAAGGGUCCAUAAUCAUAUUAUCUAGUUUUGUUGAAGCCAUGCCAAGGAGGCAAGGCUAGGCAGAGAUACAUAUAUAUAUAUAUAUCCACUCACUACUUCCUUUCCUUGUUUUGUUUCUCUGUUUUGGCUCUUUUUUCUUAUUUUCCUAUUAUAUUGCAAAGAUGAACAUAGAGGUUGAAUACCAAGAAGAUUACAUUAGGAACAGAAGAGGAGUACAACUCUUCACUUGCAGAUGGUUACCUUUUUCUUCUCCAAAAGCUCUUGUUUUUCUCUGUCACGGUUAUGGAAUGGAGUGCAGUGGGUUCAUGAGAGGUUGUGGGAUCAAACUCGCUUGUGCUGGUUUCGCUGUGUUUGGUAUCGAUUAUGAGGGUCACGGACGGUCGAGAGGGGCCAGGUGUUACAUCAAGAAGUUUGAUAACAUCAUUGACGAUUGCAAUGAUUUUUUCAAAUCAAUUUGUGCAACGGAAGAAUACAGGGAUAAGGGUAAAUUCUUGUACGGUGAGUCCAUGGGAGGAGCUGUGGCUCUUUUACUUCACAAGAAGGAUCCUUCAUUUUGGAAUGGUGCUGUUCUUGUUGCUCCCAUGUGUAAGAUAUCAGAGAAAGUAAAGCCACAUCCUUUGGUGGUGAAUGUACUGACUAGGGUGGAAGAGAUUAUACCAAAAUGGAAGAUAGUUCCAACAAAGGACGUAAUUGAUUCAGCUUUCAAGGACCCUAUCAAGCGUGAAGAGAUAAGGAGCAACAAACUUAUCUACCAAGACAAGCCUAGGCUGAAAACAGCACUAGAAAUGCUCAGAACGAGUAUGAGCCUUGAAGAUAGUUUACACGAGAUAAUGAUGCCGUUCUUCGUUUUACAUGGGGAGGCAGACACGGUAACAGACCCGGAAGUGAGCAAAGCAUUGUAUGAGAAAGCUAGCAGCAUAGACAAGACCAUGAAGUUGUACCCUGGAAUGUGGCACGGUUUGACAUCAGGGGAACCCGAUGAGAAUGUUGAGAUUGUGUUCUCUGACAUCAUAAGCUGGCUCGAGAAGCACACCAACGAACGAGAUCAUAUCACGAGCAUUCAACGUCCUAUUCCCGCGCUCAGCAAUGGUGUCGUGAGGCUUGCAACCACAGCCUCUGUGUUGCCAGAGAAAGUGAGCAAAAAACCGCGGACACAUUCACCUGUGAGGUAUUUGUGUGGACUGAAAGGCCGCCGCUUGCAACAUCACUCUGCAAUGUAGCUCUUGCUCUUGUUGUAUUGAAUAUAGUAAACUAAACUCAGGUUUAUAAUCAGAUCUUUUGUGCUUUAGAUAUACUGGACUUAGAUUAUCAUCCCAGUGAAAAAUGUAUUAUGUGUAAUUUACUCGAGCUUUCAACCAAGGUUUGAGAAAAUGACAGAGUAACUAUGAAAAGCCAUUCUAGCAAAACAAGAAAAUAAUAUGAAAAAGAGUCAUUCUGAGUGAUAAACUUUGUUUUGGUAUUUUUGGCUUUUGGUUUAUUUCCUCAAAAAAUUAUUAACUACUACUGAAGUAAACAAUGUUCUUUCA